AUGAUAGAGUCGUCCACUAACUACACUCGGUCUACUGAUGUCUUUAUACUCUUAUCAUGGUUGAACAUUGAUCGUCUAGGAAAGCGGGCUCUGCUCGACGGGGCUAUCUGUUCUUUUGCUCUCCAUCUGACUGGCAAAGCAAACUCCAAUGCCGACCUGGUCGCCAAAAGCAGAACCAUAUAUGGCUUGGCACUCAAUGAGUUACAGGCCGCUCUGCAACACUCCACAGAGUGGAAGGCAUCUGAGACCCUAUGCGCUGCUAUACUAUUAUGCUACUUCGAGCUGUUUGCUGGGACAGCAGUCCCAGAUACUUGGAUUCAACAUGCCAAAGGCAUUGGAACUCUAAUGGAGCAGCGAGGACCAGCAGCUCACGCUGAAGGCUGGGACGCAGCCAUGCUGCUCUCAUGCCGUGGUAUUCUUACUAUAAGCGAUAUGUUCUAUCCCGGAAAGGACCAAUUGUUCCUGUCGAGGCCAGCAUGGAGGCAUGUCACGUCUGAUGGCGGUAGGCGUCUCAUCUAUCCUCCUGACGCCCCCAUUGAGCACAUCCGCGUCGGUGAUGGCUUCCUUGCAAACCUGGCCCAGCUCACGCCUAUUUUGCAUGGGGCUUAUCUUCUGAGAGAAGCUAACAAGGCUGGCAUGUUUGUCGAGCCUGACAAAAUCUCCGCCUUGGCCCACCUAGCCACCGUGGAACAUGCGAGAUUGGCGCGAUGGUUCGACGAUUUCGACGCGCUUGAGUUUCCAAGACCGGUCGAGGUUCUGCCAACCGACCCGGAUAAUUCGUUGUUCGAGACAGUGCUGGAGCACAAGUCGGCAGCAGCCGGGUCCUUACUCAUGGGCUACUGGGCAAGUAUGCUCAUCCUAGAAGAGACAUUGGUCGAAUGCGGGACACCGCGAGCUGAUUCGGAGAUAUCCAUCCGGUACUUUGUGGAACAGAUAUUGCGGUCGGUAGAAUCUGUGGGACGAGACACCAUGGGGCCAUAUCGAAUUGGGUUCGCCAUACGGAUCGUGUAUGAAUUCGCUACCGGGCAAGAACAGAGGUGGAUUGCCAGCAUGUUGGAUAAGUUCUCACAAGGGUAUGCUGCGAUUGACAAGAAGACAUACCCUAAGCCUAAGGACGAUGACACUCAGCCAACACGGUUUGUCCAGUCUACAGCUUAG